AUGGCCAACAUCAAUGAGCUCACCGAGCGUACCGGCCAAAUCGCAAUAGACCCUUCGUCUCAAUCGCCAGCAAUGAAGCCGCUAACCACACUUUCGCCGUCGUUCCAAACCCAUCUCGACCAGAUAUACAAAUCGCUGACCGACUCUAAGAGUUCCAACUUUAUCAAGGAUAUUCAGCGUGAUGAGCAGGAGGGAGCUCCUGAAUCGGAUCCGCUCAGCUCCUUGGAUGCGUUUCGUGCAUACAUGGCAAGCCCUUCAGCGUCUGCGUUGCGGCCCGCUAGGAAGCCAGAUACCACUGCGCCGAUCACCGAUUAUUUCAUCUCUUCGAGCCACAACACGUACCUGACUGGGAACCAGCUGUCUAGCGAUUCGGCACCUGUUGCUUAUACAAAUACCCUUCUCAGCGGGUGCAGAUGCGUCGAAAUUGAUGAUGGUAAAGCCGCUGAUGCUGCGCCUGUUGAACCAGUACGGUUGGAACCUAAAGUGCUCCAUGGCCACACCCUUACGAAAGGAACAACAUUCCGAGAGGUUUGCUAUGCGAUCCGUGAUAGUGCUUUCGUCAUAAGUGAUCUGCCCGUGAUUGUGAGCUUGGAGGUACAUGCUUCCCUCGAGCAACAAGCGAUCAUGGUAGAGAUCAUGGAAGAUGCUUUUAAAGGAUUGUUGAUUGAGGUCACACCGGAAAUGGAGGCCUUUACGACUCCGCCGCCGCUUCAAGAUCUGAAGCGAAAGAUUUUAGUGAAGGUCAAAUGGGUUCCCGCUACUCCUGAGGGCCAGGAAGAUGUGGAUGAUCGUACGGAUGACCUAGAGCAGCUGGAACAGACCAACUCGGCAGCGUCUACCCAGUCUGCUUCACAGGCUCCGUCAAAGCCGGCUAAAAUCCUGCAUUCUCUUAGCAGACAUGCGGUUUUUACAAAAGGUUUCAGCUUCAAGCAGUUCACCCAACCCGAGGCCAAAGUACCUGGUCACGUAUUUUCCCUCUCUGAGCGAGCGGCCCGACAAGCAGAUGAAAAGUACGGCCAUGCUCUCUUUGAACACAACCGGAACAACUUUAUGCGCAUCUACCCUUAUGGUCUCCGCGUCACCUCUUCCAAUCUAGACCCCACCUUCUUCUGGCGUCGUGGUGCACAGAUUGUAGCCCUUAACUGGCAAAACAGAGACAAGGGCAUGAUGCUUAACCAGGGAAUGUUCGCAGGCGAGGAGGGCUGGAUCCUUAAACCCAAGGGCUACCGAAGCACGGAACCAGAGUCCGCUCCGAUUACUCGCCGGACAGUCGGCCUCUCAAUUGAAUUCCUAGCAGGACAGGACCUUGCACUGCCUCUAGGUCACACGAGCGAGAAGGGGUUCCAUCCCUAUAUAUCUUGCUAUUUGCAUGUAGAGACUCCAGACGAUGCGCCCGUGCCCGUCGGAGAGGACAGCACAGAUUCCGAGAAAACUAGUUACAAGCGGGAGAUAAAGUGUGCAAACGGAUGUAAUCCGGAUUUCAGAUCCCAGAAACUCGAAUUCCCGACCCUAACUGGGGUUGUUGAAGAAUUGGCUUUCGUUAGAUUCAAAGUCAAGGACGAUGAAAUUGGCCGUGAUUCAUUGGCAUCCUGGGCGUGUAUUCGACUGACUCGGUUGCAAGAAGGCUACCGAGUGCUUCACCUCUUUAAGACUGAUGGAUCACAAACUGGCGGCUCUAUUCUGGUCCGGAUCGUGAAGACCGUCUCAUGA